AUUAGCCGAAAGCCCACAGCUGCAUUGGACUCUUUCCGGGGUCUAGACAUUACGUCUGGCGUAGCUGUUGAGCGUUAAGGACCACUAAUGUCACACUGUUAGCAUAUCUGCAAACUUUGCACCAACAGUCUCCGUAACAGCUUUGAAGAGAAACUCUCCUGGUUUUUUGACGGGGAGGCAGGACUUAAGGUUACAGUUAACGGCUGUGACGGCUAGCAGUUCGCGGCUAAUAUUUAGCAGCAUCCGCAGACAGGUAUGUCUGAAGUUAGUCUUGAGGCUGAGUCGGGGAAGACCUCAGCUGAGGACCCUCAGAUGGAAUGUGAGGAAACUGAUAAAGCAGAGGAGAGUUUGAGUGACGAUGCAACCCCAGAAAUUGUUGACAGUAGCAGGAAAGGAGAGGAAAAAGCUGAUGUACUCUAUGAGAUCAAUAUUAACAGUGAUGAAGAAAAUACAGAAUCCUGUGAUAAGGAGAUGGAUAAGGGUACCCGGGCGGGAAAUGUGUCCAGCAGUGUAGGCAGCAAGGCUAAACACCAGGGUGAAUCGGCUGAAACAUCAAAGGGAAGUGGAGAUUCUCUUUCUGAAACAAAGGAGAGCACAAUGGCUGAUUCUCAUAGAGGCUCAGCCGCUGAGAUCCCAGUCACCAGCAAUGGAGACCUGGAUCAGAGCCCCGAGAGAGUUUUUCAGAGGGAUUCCCACUCCACUAAUCCAGGAGCCAUGAAGGCUUCCGAUUCCUCACUCACCUCCAGCAACUUUGAGUCAACAGCAGAGGGCAUCAUUGAAUCGGGACCAUACAAAGGGUCAGCAAGCCUACCCUCUUCUCUUGUGACACCUGUAGCUCCAAGCUCGGCUGUCGCUAGCCGCCUGGCACGCUCCUCCAGCGAUAGCCAGGCGGAGAAAGACACAAUGAAAGCUCAGCCCACCAGCGGGGCCGUGGUCCUUUCAGACGACUUGAAGAACCCAGCCAUGGAAAAACUGGACCUUGUGAGAAAAUGGAGCAUCAACACAUAUAAAUGCACCCGACAGAUCUUGUCAGAGAAGCUGGGCCGAGGAUCAAAGACUGUGGACCUGGAGCUGGAGGCGCAAAUUGAGCUUCUCCGCGAAAAUAAGAGGAAGUACCAAAUUGUGAUCAAGCUGGCUCAGGCGCUGGCCAAUCAGCUGUCCCAAAUUAUGCAAACUCAGAGGCAGCUGGGUGAUGCAUUCGCUGACCUUAGCCUCAAGUCACCUGAGCUCCAUGAGGAGUUUGGCUACAACGCAGACACACAGAAACUUCUGUCAAAAAAUGGAGAGACGCUGCUGGCUGCAAUCAACUUCUUCAUCUCCAGUGUUGACACCCUUGUCGACAAAACAAUUGAAGACACCAUGAUCAAUAUCAAACAAUAUGAAGCUGCCAGGAUUGAGUAUGACGCAUAUCGUACGGAUUUUGAGGAGCUUAACCUUGGACCGCGUGACGGCAACACCAUGCCGAAAAUUGAGCAAUCCCAGCAGCAGUUCCAGAUCCAUCGUGAGAAGUUUGAAAGAAUGCGAAACGAUGUAUCUGUGAAGCUGAAGUUUCUGGAAGAGAAUAAGGUGAAGGUAUUGCAUAACCAGCUCGUCCUGUUCCACAAUGCUAUAGCUGCCUAUUACGCUGGAAACCAGCAGCAGCUGGAGCAGACUCUCAAGCAGUUCCACAUCAAGUUGAAGGUGCCUGGUGGUGAAAGUCCUUCAUGGCUGGAAGAGCAUUAAACAGUUCCUUGUGGUGGUGGUUUAGCUCAGUUUGACCAAACCCGCUACAGAAACGACAGAGUCCUACCUUCCCCUUGUUGCUGCUUUUCAAACUUCUGAAACUACAUCUUCUAACAAAAGGAACCAACUCCUACACUCCUAUUGUCUGAUCUUCCUAAGUCAUUUUUGUUGUUCUUUCAAAUCAUAAGAGAAGCACUUUUCUACUGUUUGACAGAUGUGUUGAACAGGAGUUGCAGCAGUAAACACUUUCUGAAACUCUAAAUGGCCUUUUGUACUUCAGCAUAUGAAUGUUUGUAUAUCAGCAGAGCACAGUUGGCGUUAUUCUGGCAGCUAUGGGAGGAUGCUGCCAUUAAAUGUCACAACAAUCUGGACUUUUACCACAUGACAUCCAGUACUAAUUCUGAAUGAACCAGAUGUGAUAAUCAGAGCUAAGUUGUACUCAAACUUUUUAAUUGUGUAAAUUGGUUUUAUUUUCAUUGUUCAGUUGUCUGAAGUGGCAAUUUGACCAUUUGGGAGUGUUUGUUUGUUUUAUGGUUAAGAUUUAGAAGUGAAUAUGUGUUAUUUUUCUCUGUUGGCCUCAAACAAGGUCUGCCUAUCAAACGCACCUGCAUUGACUGAUUCAAAAACCAAAGUUUACAAAAUCAAGUUAUUUUUUCCCCCAGGUUUUAUGUGCGAUGGGCAGACCUAGAGCAGCUUAUUCUGACUGAUUGCUGACUUGAUGUUGAGCUGUUUUUAAACUACCAGCUCCUGACUGCAACUUCAUGUUGGAAUAAUGAUUUCAUAUCCGAUGCACAUCUUUUCUGCUGAACCUUGCAAAACCAAAGUGUUUCCAAAAAGCUCUAAUCAUUUAGUCAAACAUGCACUCCUCUUUUAGCUUGUCUGUAUUUAGGAUAGAAAAAUGGAGAUGGAAGUGAUUCUUGUAGAUUCCAGAACAUGAAGGACCAGCCUUUUGUCAUUUUAACGUGCCUUGAAUCUGUUCUUUUCUUGCUCUCAGUACACUCCUGCUUCUGGGUUUUUUAAAACUGUCAGCAUGGGGCAAAGGACCAAACAGAACACGGACAUUGGAACAUUCAGCACAAUAAUUUCACUGACUUCCUAAAUCAAUCUUGAAAACAUGUCCCUUAUAUGCACAUUUAUUAAUAUAGGUCUAAACAACUAUGUUAAAGGCCUAAUGUCAGGUGUGAACCAAAAUUGAAUUAACUGCAGUUUUCACCUGUAAAGACCAGCAUCUUUGGCUGCUAUCCGUUUACGUCAUCUGGGCUAUAAAGUGUAUUUUUCAAGAAGAAAGGCUCAUUAUUUUUCCUAGGGCUUGCUACAACGGUUUAAAGGAGUAAAGCUUGUACAAGAUGUCAUUUCCUGGAAAAAAUAUAUAUAUUUGAAAUCUAUUUUAAUGUUGGAUUGACCAAUGCAGCCACUUGGCUUAUUUUUUCUAGUACCUCUGUGUUCUAGUGGAUAUCAACCUUUUGUAAAAUGUAAAAUGAACAUGUUAAAAUGGGAAUAUUCUGAAUGUUGUGUAACCUGUAUGGGGAGAAUAAAAUUUCUCUUUCUGUACCCUUGUUUGGAACUUUAAGAUAUAAAAAAAGAAAUGAAAAUAUAAA